CAAUGGGCUACAAUAUGAUGCGAUGGAGAGGGCGAAAAAUAAGAUCAUGGACCAUUUUAACUAUAGAGACCGUGAUUACAGGCCAAUUUUAGAUAUUAUAGAUAGAAGAUGGGGCAACCAAAUGUCAUCCCCAUUGUAUUCGGCUACUUACAUCCUUAACCCAGUCUGUUUAUUCACUUCUGCUGAUCCAGCAAAAGCACUAACUAUGCAUAUGGUUGGAUUUAUUGAUGUCUUGGAAAGAAUGAUUCCAGAUAGAGGAGAACAGGACAAAAUCUCAACUUUGCUGGACUUCUGCACAAAAAGUGAAGGGAUAUUCUCAAGGGAGAUCGUAAUAAGACAUCGGACAAUGAAAUUACCCACUGACUGGUGGGUUGCCUAUGGAGUGGACCCGAACAGGAAGGAUCCAGCUCUAAAGAAGCUGGCUAUGAAGAUUCUUGGACUGACGUGUUCUAUCAGUGGUUGCGAGUGCAAUUGGAGCACGUUCGAGGCGAUUCAUACCAAGAAAAGGAAUCGCCUUGAGCAAAAAAAGCUCAACGACUUGGUUUUCGUUCAAUACAAUCAAAAAUUGCGAGAACAAUUCCAAAGUAGAAAAGAAAAGCCUAGUUUCCUUGACCCUAUCUGCUUAGACGAGUUGGAUGAAGAUAACAAGUGGCUCGUAGAGACGGAGGACCUAGUAUUUGCUGGAGAGGAGCUGACAUGGGCACAAGUUGAAGAUGCCGCAUAUGGAUCGACACCUGGUGAAGGUAGUAGUACCACUCGAAGGCGAAGGACGGGGGGGAGCCGGGGGACGAGUAGUAGCCAUCAACCCGUUGAUGAGAUUGAGGAGAUUGAAGAAGGAGAAGAUGAUAAUGAUGAUCAAGCUGAAGAUCAUCCACCAUUGGAUGUUGAUGAAGUAUUAGUACGUACAGAUGAUGAAGAAACGGAAGAAGUGUAUGUGGAAGAAGGAGAUGACUCGAAUGAUGAUGGUGGUGGUGGUGGUGGUGGUGGUGGACCUGUUGGUGAUGUGCCACAAUGGAUGCUAGAUCAAUGUAUAUGAUUAAUGAUUAUUGAUUAGAUAAAUAAAAUAAUAAAUACAUAACUUCUUAAUUUUGUUU